AUGAAAGGGCUCAAAACCAUUGUUCCGCUUAAUGUUCAUAAGAAAGAUGAUAAAAAUAAAACAACUCAAGUCGUACCUCCAACAGUGACCACACCAAAACCUACAUUAGCUCCAACUGCACAUCAACCAGUUUCUACAAUAGUUCAAACCCUGCUUCAAUCGCUUCCAGAUACUGACCAAAGUGUUGCACUACUCCGCAAUAUAAAAGAACAGUAUGCUUUAACAUUCCAACGGAUUCCAUGGUCAAAACGGUCACGUGCUAGAACGUUCAAACAUAUCGAGGAACCUUCCAGCCAUAUCGAUGUGUUCCCACCAAUUCCUAAACCACAUCAUAUGGUCAUUCCGAUUGGAGGAUUAGCAAAAUGUCAAUGUUCCAUAGAAUGCACAAAGACACUUCCAAUGCCAGCAUACCACAACGUAACUUAUGAGAAUCGGUGGAAUUUUGAAACACCAAUGCAACGUGUUAGUGUGUUACAAAUUUAUCGAGGAAACGUCGAGUUGUAA